AUGACGAUCUUGGCGGCGCAGGCUGGUAUUGCCCUUCAAAACGCACAAAACCACAAGAUGGCGCUCCAGGCCCAGAAAAAGGUCACCGAGGUGCUCGACAUUGUCAAGGCCAUGCACAGCGACUUGGGCAUCAACUCGUUAAUCUUUACGGUGACCCAUCGCAUCCAGCGCCUCGUCGGGUCGGACCGUUGCUCGCUGUACCUGCUCGACAAAGUCACGAACGAGUUGUGGACGCUUCAGGGCGAAGUGGAUAUUCGCAUCCCGUCCAACCAAGGCAUCUGCGGCGCGGUCGCGGAGACCGGCAAGCUCAUCAACCUCAAGAAUGCGUACGAGGAUGCGCGCUUCAACAAGGAGUACGACCAAAAACUCGGGUACAAGACGUCGACCAUUCUCGCGUUGCCGCUGCACAGCCACAAGCACGACGUCAUUGGCGUCAUGCAACUGAUCAACAAGACCGACGGCAUCUUCACGCCAGACGACGAAGAGAUCCUUACGACGUUUCUCAGCAUCGCCGGCCCCAUCUUGGAGAACUCGCCGCUCUUUCUUCGUGCCAAAGGCAGCGGCGAAGAAAACGAACUCACCGGACGGCUUGUCUCGCACGGGAAACCCGUCACGUUCGACCCCGAAAUGAACCAAAUCCAAGAGUCCGACGGCGCCGAAGACGAAGAGUGA